AUGAGAAAGUUGAGUCUCGGUAACUGGUCUGAAAAACGAGGUUGGAAUUUCGAUAGUCGGUAUGCGAAUCGUUGGGAAUUUGACAUUGAUCCGGAUUCAGAAGACCUGGAAGGACUUCAUCUUCGAGUUGUUGUUUAUUUGGAAGAACCAUUUGUUAUCAAAACAGGAGACAAUCAGUAUGAAGGAUUCUGUAUUGAUCUUCUGAAUGAAAUGACAAAAGUUUUGAAAUUUAAUUACACGAUUAUUGAAGUGCAAGACGGAACUUAUGGUAUUGAGGAUGAAUCUGGAAGAUGGAAUGGAAUUAUCGGGGCUCUACAGAGGCAUGAAGCUGAUUUAUCACUUUCUGCUGUUACUAUCACUUAUAGUAGAGCAGAAGUUGUUGACUUUACUCUCCCAUUCAUGCACCUAGGAAUCUCAAUUCUAUUAGCAAGAACUUCAGAAGAAACAGAUAAAGGAUCACUCUGGACUUUCCUUGAACCACUUUCAUUGACAGUUUGGAUCAGUCUUUUGAUCAGUUAUUGUAUUGUUUCAUACUCAAUGCAUAUUCUUGCGAAAUUCUCUCCUUACGAAUGGUACAACUUAGAAAGGAUUGAUGAACGAGAUUUUGAGAACAUAAAAAAUCAGAAGAAUCAGUUCACAGUGUUGAAUUCAUUCUGGUUCACAAUGGGAUCACUUAUGCAACAAGGAUCAGAUGUCAUCCCGAGAGCAGCUGCAACUCGUUUGAUUGCAGUUGUUUGGUGGAUGUUCACUCAAAUUAUUAUCUCUUCGUAUACUGCUCAACUAGCUGCUUUCUUGACGGUGGAGAGAAUGUCCACACCUAUUGAAAGUACACAAGACUUGGCUAAUCAGCAGAAAAUUAGAUACGGUGUUCUAAAAAGUGGGUCAACAAUGGACUUUUUCCGUGAAAGUAAAAUACCGAUGUAUGAACGGAUGUGGUCUGUAAUGGAAUCAUCCUCUCCCGGAGUGUUUGUGAACAGCUCAAGGGAAGGAAUCGCACGGGUUAAAUCGGGUGGAUACGCGUAUAUGAUGGAGAGUUCAAUGUUGGAAUAUUAUUUGGAACGAGAUUGUGAUUUACAAAGUAUUGGAGGUCUUUUGGAUUCAAAGGGUUAUGGAAUUGCUCUACCUAAAGGUUCACCGCUACGAGAUAUUCUAUCAAGAACAGUAUUACAAUUACAAGAAAGAACCAUAUUAGAAGCAUUGAAAAAUAAAUGGUGGAGGGAUCGAAGAGAAGGUCCUUCUUGUGGUCCUCCGCCUGCUGAAAAAGCGAUGAACUCAAAACCACAGAACAUAUUUGGUAUAUUUUAUGUUCUGUUGACUGGUUUGAUCGUCGCAUUUCUACUGGCUUGUGGAGAAUACUGUAUCGAAUCUCGACAUGAAGCGUUCCGACUGAAACUAACAAUUGUUGGAAAAUUCAUUGACUGGUAUCGUGGCAAUUCAAAUGAUACGAAAACAAGAAACAAAAUGAGAAAUAUGCAAUUGGAUACGGCUGGGCAAGAGAUCUCAAUAUCUACUCGUCCUUGCGAACCUCCACCAAUCCCUUCAAAUUCUAGACCCGAUCCAACACGUCUCUCAAUUUCAUCUCCAGCUCCAACAAUUUGUGUUGUUUCCUGUGAUGAUGGAACACCAAUAAGUCGAGAUAGACCUCCUUCAAUCAGUAGAGCAGGACUUCGAAGAUUGAGUCGAAUGCUUCCGGCGACAACACAUGAACAGUUAUCCAGAUUUCGACAGGGAUCUAUGUCUUGA